AGAAAGGAGACCAGUUGACACGGCGCAGCCGCCGUAGAAGCGCGUGGCCCACCCCUACGCGGAUGAUUGGCUAGGCGACCGGGAAGGCGGCCUCUGAUUGGGUGAAUCGAAACAGAGGCGGCGGUUGGGCGGCCGAGUCGGCCGGCGGGCUUUGAGGGGAAAAUACUGAGGAGAAAGAAGAUGGCGAAGAGGCGGCAGGGCAAUCGAAGGCAACCUAGUUCCUCAGCCCAUUCCUUUGUGAUGGAUGAAACAGUAGCUGAAUACAUCAGGAGAACGGUCCUGAAAAUCCCACGUUCAGAAAUAACACAAAUGCUGACCACAUGGGGGUUAUUGUCCGAGACUCAGCUUCAGUCUUUAAAUAUCCAUCGGAUAAAAGAAAACUUGUCCCAAGAGGUAGUUCAACUUUGUGAGGAAAACUGUGCAACUAUCAAGCAUGCAGCAGAUCUAGACAUAAUUUACAACCACACUUUUAGGGAUAAAAAGCUUUGGACUGUUUACCAGAUGACUAGAGAAGAUGGUGAUGAAAAUGACCUUUUUGACUUGGCAAAUUUCAAAAAGAAAUUUAAAAAAAGUCUACGGUCAACUCUGAAAAAUGUAACUAUCAGCUUUAAAGAAUAUGAAGACAAUGCAAUAUGGAUUCGAAUAGCUUGGGGAACACAGUAUACAAAACCAAACCAAUAUAAGCCAUCCUACGUUGUUUACCACUCUCAGACUCCUUAUGUCUUCAUAUCCAACUCAAUGUUAAGGAGCUGCAUACCUCUACUUUGUCAGGCCCUGUUGGUUGCUGCCAGUUACAGUGAUAUCAAUGAAAUGGCCCUCCGAAGCCGUUGUCUCGACUCCCUUAAAGAGAUCUUAUUUAAGCGGUAUAGCCAGCCACUUUCCCAGAGCUUUCAAACUCAUCACAUACGACCUCUACAAGAAAAAAACCGUUCUCCGGAAAGGGUGGAUCCAAGGAUAAUUCAGGAAGAUAAAUAUGAAAAGGAGAGAAUUCAGAGAAUUAACCAAGAAGCCUUUGGUCAUGCUCCUCAGCCAAAACUGGAGUUUGCCCAAUACAAGCUUGAGACAGUGUUAAAACGUGACCCAGAAAAGGGCAUCGUGAAUGAUGAAGAACCAUUUAGAUGUAUGGUCAAGUUUACUAGUCCUCAUCUUUUAGAAGCACUGAAAUCUCUAGCUCCUGCUGGGAUAGCAGAUGCUCCCCUUUCUCCAUUACUUACCUGCAUCACCCAAAAAGCCCGGAACUAUUUUAAAAUUACAGAGAGAAAAGGUGCAAUUCCACCAAGCCUUCCAGCCCAGUGAUACUUUUAAAGCAGACAAAGGAAUGGAUAACUAUAUAUCUCCCUGGAUUAAAUGACUGUUUUAUUUCUCUGGAUCAAAAGGAAUCUGCAGACAGCACACACUGCAUGGAAUCUGCUCUCCACGUUCUCUAGAAUUCAGAGAACUUGAACUAUGACAGAGCAUUUGCCAUAGUGAUAGAUUGGCUUGUAUGAAGUGAUCUAUUGACAACGGCAUCUAGUCAGCGGAUAACAUCCUGACUAAUGAAGUGUGCAUGAAAGGGGACUCUGUGGGGAUGUUCCGGGAGCCCGCCCACCAUUUCCCUCCUCCUGCUGCGCAUGCGCUGUUGCACCACAGGCCUAAGCCUUCCAAGUGCUGUUUGCUCUCUGGAAGCACACUGCAACAGCACACCUGCAAGAGGGCUGAGGGAGCUAUAAGUUGUGAGAACCACCUUACAUCCAUGCUUCAUUGGGAUGUUAGGCCGUGUAUGCUUCCUGUACGAUGACUAGGUCAACGUUUCCUUGUCUCUAUUAUAACAGAAGACACCCACCCGUGGUAACCAGAUUAAGUCACUGAAGGUCUUCAUUGAGUACCAUCUUUAAGGUGCUUCUUGUUUAAGCAGAAUUUGGUAUCUGACCAUUAGUGGGAAAUUUUCAUAUUCUUAAAACCGUAUUAAACUUUUCAAUAAAUGUGGCACAAAACUUUAUAAAUAUUUUAACAAAUAGCUGGAACUAGGAAGGGGAUUUAAAUCACUGCGGAUAAUAGGUCUGUUUAGCAUUCAAUAAAAGUGAUAACUGCUUUGUA